GGAUGACAGACAGGGACGGAGGAGGUUGCCGGCCAAACGCCACCACUCCGCCGAUUCGACGAAGGUCUCUCUCUAUCUUCCUCCGUUGGUUCGUUUAUCACCACCACCUCAGGUCACCAGUGGGCUUAGAGUCGUCGGCAACUUUAAGCUCUCUCUCUCUCUCUCUCUCUCUCUCUCAUGCGUUUAGUUCGCCGGUUGUAGCUCGUAAAAAGUCGCUCUUAAUUAAUCUCUCAGCUUCCUCACCCUGCAGCCUCAAUCAUCCUUUCCUUCCGAACCCAAAUCACCCACCUCUGAAUCCUCCUUUCCUAUUCAGAGAGAUUUCUUCAGCUCUGCAAGCUCUAUAAUUUUUAUUCUUCACUGUAUGAUACUGAUAUACAUAUACUGCCUACGCUCCCAUCAAUGCUUCCGCCCAGGAUUACCUCGAAAUGAUCGAGCUAUCGAUGUGAAUUUCUUCAUCUCAAGCUGUAGCGCAAUGGGAGUUCCGCGACAACAUACCUUCGGAGAUUAUCCAAAACCGGCGAUUCUGUGGACAGUUUUGUUCGUCAUCCUCUCCUUUCUGUCCGAUCUUUCAUAUUCAGGCGAGGUGGUGGAUAAGCAUGACUUAGAUUUUCAUGCUGGGAAUGUGCCUUGUCCUAAGAAAUGGAUCACGGAGCCUUAUUUUGAAAUUUUUGAUUCCCUACUUGAUUCUCAUUUCCAAGAUUUUAAAGAACGCACACUCUCCCGUUGCUCGUGUAAACCGCUACGUGACACUCAAACCACAGAACUGAAACUCUCGGGUUUGGAGCGCCGUCUAGUUGGUGAAGGUUCACAUCGACAACUUUCCUCAUCCGUCAGAAUCAGUGUCAAUCCGCCCACUCACCCCUGUGAGGUCAUAAUUAUUGAAAGACUCCCCUCUGGAAUUUUUGCCGACCCAUUCGAGCUGCAGCAUCUCGUCCAACGUGGUGCGUUCAAUGAUGUUGCUGUUUUAGGAGAUACAGACUUGGAGUUGCCUACUGUUCGUUCAAAUCGUACAGUUGUUGAGAUUCAUAUGGAUGUUGGUCCCAAUAGCUUUUCAAGACAUAAGGAUGGACAGAAAAUCAACCUUCACAUCCCAUUACACGUACGUUACCCGCCCCUACAUGAAAGUGGCUAUACAAAAGUUGUGUUCGGGGAUCCCGAUAUUUUUGCUCGCUGCAGCAUCGAUGGAAGACCAAUUGAUGAAACGUGUUUGUCUACUGUGACAAGGGAUAAUGCUGAAUCUAGUCUCAGCUCUGUGGCCUGGGAAGUACCCUCAGGUAUUGAGAUGCAUGCUGGAGUUGUAUCUUCUGUUACUUUCCUCUCUGCCACUGUAUCAGCUAUGAUUAUAAUUUUGGCCUCCAUUUUCCAUUCAGACGCCAAGUCAUGCAAAAAUUUGAAAGCAUGAUAUUUGGUCUAUCUAUUGGUUGCCCAUUAUUUUGUAACUGGUUGCUUCUUUAACUCAGUUAGCUUUCCGUUCUCAAGGCAGAAAGGAAAAAAAAAAA